GUCUCCACUGUCAUUGCCUAGAGGAACCUUCUGGCAAAGUGUUGCCAUGCUUCCAUCCGUUUUGGGGUGAGCUAGCACUGUAGUUAGCUCAUAUUCAAGCAGUGAUGUUUAAGAAUUGUGUAGAAGAAAGAUAGACCAAAUAGUCCAAAUAAUGAAUCGUGUGAGUGAACUAUUCGAGAAGCUCAAAAUCAAUGCUGAAGAGACGAAAGGCCUUGACGUGGGAGCGGUUGAAGCCAUUAUCAACGCUCUUCAAGAAAACAAUGAGCAGUUUGAUGAAGCAACAAUUAAAAGCAUUCUCGAGGCUGUUGUAGCGUUGUUGGAAAUAGAUGUGCCAGAAAGCAAAGCAAAGGUGUUGAUGCUAAUUGCCGAGAUUGCAAAAUCAGAGGAGACAAGAGUUCCCUGUGUGAAGGCUGGACUUAUAUCAGCCAUCUUAUCUAAUCUUGAAAGUGAUGACCCGAACGUUGUUCUACAGGCUCUGAGAGCUAUUGGAAAUAUCAGUUUUGAUAAUGAACUUGCAAAGUCUACUUUGCUGGAAAACCAAGGAGCUGAGAAAAUUGUGAAGAAGCUAGAAGUUCUUGAAAAAAGUUUUAAUGAAAAUAGUGACAACAAACUGGAGUUGGCUGCAUGUGGUUCCAUGCUGAAUGUUGCAAGUGAUGAUGAGAAGGGAAAAGCAAGUUUUAGUGAGAGUGAUGGUGUGACCAUUUUGAUGAAAGUCUUGCAAGAAUCAGAUGAUAAAGAAUUUGUUGAUUUGGUUUUUGAAAUUUUCUCGUCUCUUGUUGUAGAUGACAAUGUGAAGAAAGCACUAGUACAACAGGGAUAUGCUGAACAUCUGGCAAACAUUGUGUCUUCUGCUAAAAAUGUGACUGAUGAUGAGAGUUUGAGGGAAAAAGUGCAAUCUGCUGCUGACAUGAUAGUCAUGCUUCUUACUGAAGAUGACAGCAUGAAAUUGCUGUUUAAUGAUGGUGAUGGUUCUGUCUACAAGAUGUGUGUUUCCUGGCUUUCUUCUGGAGACCAGCAUCUUGAAAUUUCUGGUUGCUUGGCUGUUGGCAACUUUGGUAGAACAGAUGAACACUGUAUAAAACUUGUUCAACAAGGAGUCCAUGUACAACUACUACAGCUACUAGCUCGAACUACCAAAAGAGAGAACAUGGGCAGACAUCAGCAAGCAGUUUUUAGCGCACUGAAGAAUCUUUCUAUGCCAGCGGCUAACAAAGUGAAGCUCGUUGAAAGCGGCUGCUUGGAUGUCAUUCUCCCACUACUCUCGACCCAGUCUCCUUUUGUCCAGUUUAAAGUUCUGGGCACGCUGCGCAUGCUCUUGACUGGUCAAGCUGACGUAGCCAAUAGGAUUGUUAGCAGUAACGAACACCUAAGCACCUUAGUCCGGUGUUGUGAGUCCAGUGGUCACGAGGGCGUUAAAUCUGAGGCUAGCAGGAUGUUGGCAGUGAUUGUUAAAGAGGCCAAGAGUGCAGAAGUCUCACAAAAAUUGAUCACAAGUGGAGGACUAACCCCUAUCGUUGCCAUGGUAUCUUCGGAACACGUGAUUAUGCAGAACGAAGCUUUGAUUGCAUUAGCUGUAAUGUCAUCAACAGUGGGAGAGAACUGCUUCCCCAAGUUUAGGGAGAGUGGUGUCAUUCAAACGUUAAUCAAGAUGAUUAAAACAGAAGGGAUUAAUCCACAGACUUGUUAUAACGCCAUGGCUGUCUUGGAAUCAUUUUCACUAAAAGAAUAUUUCCGGCGGGACUUAGAAGUAGCAGGAUUGAGCAAAGCGCUGGACGAUCUCACAACUAACGAAAAUGAAAAUGUAAAGAAGAGAGCUUUGAUCAUUCUCACUAGAAUCAAGGCGUACAAGUUGGCUCAGCAGGAAUGAGAGACAUUUCGGUGUGUCUUAAAUGACGACUGUACCAAGGGCAUAGCCCAGAGUCUUUAGUUACUGAAAUACAAUUCAAUUCUGUUCACAAAUUAAAGACGAUUUUAAACGAAUUAGGAAUCUAAAUUAGGCGCUCUUUUGUUGUAAGGAAUACUGUCUACUUUGGUAACUUAUUUUUAGGUGUACAUGUUUUGUAAAUUUUUAAUUACGGGAGUUAAAUCAUGAACAAGGCAUGCUUAAGUUAAUUGGUUGCCCCUUUAAGACUUUGCGGUACAGUCAAACCCCGUUGUUCCACUGACAUGCAGAAAGUGUCUUUAUUAACGAGGUUUCCGCAUUACAGAGUUAAUGUUUCUUAGCAAAAAUGUCACUGCUAGCGACUAAAAGCGGUUUCGUAAUAAAGAAAUGUUUGUAAAUUGGG